AAAUGACCUUUGAUUUGAAAGUCACGCUCUCUCUGGAUCUAUCAUGGCGGAAGCGAAAGUGUUUCCCCUGAAAUGCGGGACCCAGCUGUACCUGUGGGGGAAGAAAGGGCGACAGAGCGAAGUGGCGCGGCUUUUGGAGUCCAGCCCGUACCAGUCCGGGUUUUCCCUCAACUCAGAAACAACCUACGCUGAGCUAUGGAUGGGGACCCACCGAAAGUCGCCAUGUUACGUGGCUGACACGGACAAGACUCUGGAGGCCUGGAUUGACGAACAUCCGGACUGCCUGGGAAAGAAAGUGCGGGAAAAGUUCAAAGGUCAGCUGCCGUUCCUGAUGAAGGUGCUGUCCUUCGACACGGCCCUGCCCCUACAGGCACAUCCUAAUAAGAAACACGCGGAGGAGCUGUUCGCGCGCCACCCCGAGAAGUACCCGGAUGACAACCACAAGCCUGAGAUCGCCAUCGCUCUGACACCUAUGCGGGGCAUGUGCGGCUUCAGACCGCUCAGUGAGAUAGCAGGCUACCUCAAGGAGAUUCCGGAGUUGUACGAGGCGAUAGGAGCCGAGGUGUCGGAGGAGUUCCUCUCGGCUGCAGGCGCGUCUGACGCCGCCCACCAGAAAGCGGCGCUCCGGUCCCUGAAGAAAUGUUUCCGGGCCCUGAUGCUCUGUAACGACGAGGUGGUCGCCAAGCUACUGGCUGUUAUGGACAAGAGAAUCAACAAAGAGAUUGCCGCAGGUCGGGAUGUGACGGCCAGUAACGGUGAGCUGUUCCUUCAGCUGCACAGGCAGUACCCGGCCGAUAGGGGGUGCUUCGCCAUCUAUCUGCUGAACGUGGUGGACAUUGACCCCAACCAGGCCAUCGACGUGCCUGUCAACGAGGCGCAUGCCUACAUUUCCGGAGACUGUGUGGAGGUUCUGGCAAACGGAGACAACGUGGUGUGCGGCGGUCUGACAGACAAACAGUUCAGCCGCCUCAACGACUUCGAGACGCUGAGCGACAUGCUCAGGUACGACCCCGCCCCGUGCUCCGACAAGAUCAUGCAGACCAAGCCGGACCCGGCCGACCCAAACGUCGUGUUCUACGAUCCCGGCAUCGACGACUUCGCCGUCGCCAAGAUCGAGAUCCCGUCCAAGACCAAGUCCUACGUCAUCUCGCGCAUGAGCAGUGCCAGCAUCGUACUGGUUGUCAAGGGCGACGCCACCGGCACCAACGUCACCGCCGGGGAACCAAUCAGCUUCAAGCGCGGGGCCGCCAUCUUCAUCUCAGCCAAUCAGGACGUGAAGCUGAAGAUCAGCUCCAGGGGUCUCCUCAUGUUCCGGGCCUACUGCCCCGUCUAGCUUCAAGAUGAAAGAUCUCAUACCUCAUUUUAUGAAAGAAAGAUCCCAUACCUCAUUUUAUCAAAGACAAUUCACACCCAUCACUCUUCUUCAGCGUCACUAGAAUGAACUAGCAGAAAAAAAAUAAUUCAAGCUAAUAUCUCGUUGUGCUGGAACAAAGUUUGAACACUCCACUACGUUAAAUGCAAACGCAGAUGAAAGUCCAAGUUGACAGUAUGAAAGUUUAUUUGAAUGUUGUUGAUGUUUGUAAAAUCUGUCCUAUGAGAUGUGUAAUAUAGAAUGGGCACAAUCUGUAGGAUGUCGAUGUACUAAAAGUAUCUUAGAUAUGGUGGUAUUUUGAUUAAAAAUGUGUGUGAAGUUGUUUGAA